GUCAACGGCUACUUCUCCUUAUCCCCACCUCCUCCUCCUCCCCCCCCUCUCUCUCCUCCUCCUCCUCCAUUCCGAUCUGGUCAGAUCGCCGCCUCCCAUGGCCAUCGCCGCGCCGCCCCCGCCCCCGCCCCCGCCCCAGCGUACGGACAUGCCGGCGGCAGCGGACCUGCCACCACCCCCGCCGCCGCUCGCGAUCCCGCUCCCGGAGACCACGCGCCGCCCGCGCCGCCGCACCAGGGAGGUCAGCUCCAGGUACCUCUCCUCCACCACCCCGGGCCCCGUCCCCUCCUCCCCGCGCCUCUCCACCUCCUCGUCGCGGACCCCGUCCCCGAGGGCCCACCGCCCCCGCGCCGCCACCCCUUUCGCCAACGAGAACCACCCGCCGCCGCCGCCUCCGCCGUCCACGGCGUCACGCAGGCGCGCCGUCCUCAAGCUGUUCGACGACGGUUCCGGCGGCGCCAACCCGCGCGCGUCGGCUGCGGCUGCGGCGGGGACGCCGCGGGCCCUGCACCGGUCGACGAGCGGGCCGGCGGCGGCCGCGGCAUCCACCGCGCGGAGAGGGUACCCGCGCAUGCCGACGCCCGCGCGGGCCGCCUCCUGCCCGUCGUCGUCGUCCGCGGCGGCCGCGGACGACGCCGCGUCCUGCUGCUCCUCCGACACGGGGUCCACCUUCACCGACCUCUCCGAGGUCGACGGGAUCGCGCUACCGGCCGCGCCAUGCGAGAGCCCGCCGCUGCUCGGCCCAGCGUCCUGCCGUGGGGGCCGUCUCUCGUCGGAGCUCCGCUCGUCGGUGCCUGAGUCCGGUGGAUCAGUGAGGGCGUUGAACCCGCUGUGCUACCGCUCGCUCAAUUCGGCCCUGUCCGGUUGCCCGGCGCCGGCGGGGAAGGCGGCGGUGAACGCCGCGAGACCACCGCAGCCGCAUGGGGUGAAGGCAGCCGAAUCGAAGAAGGUGGCCAUGAUUGGAGGGAGGAAAGUCCCCGGGAAGCAGGAGGACGUGCACCAGCUCAGGAUGCUGGAGAACUCCUACCUCCAGUACAGGUUCAUGAACGCCCGGGCAGAGGCCGUGGCAAGGGCCAAGGCUUCAGUGGCAGAGAAAUCCCUCUUUGGGCUUGAGGAGAGGAUCACUGCGCUGCGGGUAUCUGUCGCCGAGAAGAAGAUGGAGGUGGAGAGGAUGAGGAGGGAGCAGACAUUGCGCUCUGUUGUUGAUGCUCAGGUACCGCACUUGGAUCAAUGGUGUGAUCUUGAGGGGGAUCAUUCAAGCUCUCUUAUCGGGUUAACAUCAGCCCUGUAUAAUUCUUCACUUAGACUACCAGUCAUUGGGAAUGUUCGGGCAAAUAGCGAGGAAAUUACAGAAGUUCUCAACUCUUCUGUACAACUGCUGGAACCAGUGUCUUCUUGUGUUAAAAAUUUUCUACCAAAGGUUCAAGAAGUUGACGAUGUGGCUGCUAAGCUUGCCCAAGUUAUAGCUAGUGAAAGAGUUGCGAUUGAGGAGUGCGGGAAUCUCCUCUAUCAAGCUCACAAUUUGCAGAUGCGAGAGUAUAGCUUGAGGAGCCAAGUCAUGCAACUGAAGCAGCAAGACGAACCAAAAUGAAGAAAGAGGAGUUCAAAAACAAACACGCACCAAACUCAUUUGUUUGACAGGCAGAACACAAAUUUUUUGUUUGUGCUUAUUUGUGAUCAGGCCAGCUGAUCAUACAUGAUUAAAAGCAGAAGCAUCCUUCUGCACGGCCCAAGAUUCUUUGUGGUACAUAUGUUAAUUCUUUUGUCGGUCAUUUGUUUCUGUCAUCAUAGAAGCAUUCUUGUUUGUUAGUGUUCGUAAGAACUGUCAGAAUUGUGGUUCUGCAAAUCAAAAUUUUGUUUAUUCUUUGUAUAUAUACUUUCCAUAAAUAAUUAUUGACUUAAUUUUCUUUCAGAAAA